AUGGAAUCAAACAAAGGUGAAAUCAUAACUCUACAAGCGGGUCCUGAAGCUAAUCGGGUCUGCGCUCAUUUUUGGAACUUGCAAGAAUUCGGGUUCUUAAACAAACCAGGAACUAACGAAUGUCAAUUUCCAUUCACAUAUGAAGUGCUGUUUGAUGAUGGCACUCGAGAACCAAGACCGCAUGCGUUGGCCAUUGAUGUACGCGAAGUUGUUGAUUUUGGAACUGAAUUUGACUCUACUUUAAUGCCGACCCCACUCGAUAUUCCCUCCUGGAACACUCAAGUGGAUAAAGUUGUUCGUUCUGUAUCUACGUCUGGUAAAAAUGAAUUUCUUCACUCUAAUUGGACUAACUGUUUGUCUCUUUUGGCACGACGAACAUGGUUCCAUGAUGAUAUUCUUCUAAAACUGCCAGUAUCACUACAAUCUAUUCCUGAAAAGUCUACUCUUAAUGGAUUGCAUCAAUCAGAUUCUACCUUCAGACUUUCUACAUUCACGGAGGGGCAAAAUGUAUUUCGGUCUGGAAGCAGGGUAGCUGACGAAUGUGAUGAUCGUAUCCGUCGCAUUUCAGAGCGUUGUUCUCUUCCAAACAGCUUCCAACUGGUUGUAAAUGCUGAGGAUGGCUUCAGUGGUGUUGGAUCCCAGUUGUUGGAAUAUAUUACCGAAGAAUUCCCAAAGGCAUUCAUUUUUUCGGUUCCUGUCUAUAAUUCAUCGAUUGUAUCACAUUUGGAUGCACGUCUGAAAAAGAUUGCCGUAUUAAAUCAGUUGUGCCUGCUUAAUGUCUUAGAAAACGGGGACCUUCUAAGUCAUGGGUGUUGGUCGCCUUUAGAUGUAUCACAGUUAUAUGAUCAUUUUCAUCCUUGUAAAAAAAUGUGUGUUUUAGCUUCUGUUAUUGAUACAGUUACAACUCCUUCUAAGUUGGCGUUUAAUUAUGGUGGUAUGCGGUUAGAUAACCUUUUUUCUGCGAUAAAUUUUGCACAGGGUAGAAAAAUGCUCACUGUGCAAACUGGAGUUAAUUGUAAUGAAAUGAUGGAAAAUCGUUUAUCAUGGUAUAAUCUUAAUCCUUACUACAAUCAGGGAAAACUAAUAGCUGGUGAAAAUGUACCACCUGAACCUGUACUAUAUCGUUUGUUAAUGUCUCGAGGAAUUAAAAAUUCUGCUCUUAUGAAUGAUAUGUUGAAUAUAUUCAGUCAAACUGCUAAUUCACACAAAUCUGUUAAUAAUUCACCAAUUGACAUAGAUAUCCCAUAUUUAUGCUCAUCAGAAUCAAUUCAUUCAGUUUAUUCACUGCCAAAUUAUCCAUUACAAACUGGUAUUACUAAACAAACUGUCUUAUCGUCAACAUAUUGUCAGCAGUAUGCAAAUACACAUAUGACAUGUGUUGUUGAUAUUCCAAGUAGGAAUUCAUAUGAAGCAAAAAUAUUAGAAAAACUUGUAAAGUCUUUAUUAGUGCAUAAAUCUCAUCCACUAGACAGCUAUAUGGAAUUAGAAACAUGGAGUGAUAUUUUAGAAUCCAUUCAAACACGUUUGGUUGAUUCUUAUUCGAAUGAAUAA